AUGUUCCAGCUUCCAAUUCUGAAUUUUAGCCCUCAGCAGGUGGCGGGGGUAUGUGAGACGUUGGAGGAGAGCGGAGACAUUGAACGGCUUGGUCGAUUUCUCUGGUCACUGCCAGUGGCCCCAGCAGCGUGUGAGGCACUCAACAAAAACGAGUCCGUCCUCAGAGCUCGGGCUAUCGUGGCAUUCCACACGGGUAACUUCCGAGAGCUAUAUCAUAUCCUGGAGAAUCACAAGUUCACCAAGGAGUCACACGGCAAGUUGCAAGCCCUUUGGCUAGAAGCACACUACCAGGAGGCAGAGAAGCUAAGGGGCCGCCCGUUGGGUCCAGUGGACAAGUACAGAGUUCGAAAGAAGUUUCCCCUGCCCAGGACCAUCUGGGACGGAGAACAAAAGACUCAUUGCUUCAAGGAGAGAACAAGGCAUUUGUUGAGAGAGUGGUAUCUGCAGGACCCCUAUCCAAAUCCCAGCAAAAAACGAGAGUUAGCCCAAGCCACUGGACUUACACCUACACAAGUGGGUAACUGGUUUAAGAACCGAAGACAAAGGGACAGAGCAGCGGCAGCUAAAAACAGGCUGCAGCAGCAGAUUCUGUCACAGGCGUCCGUGCGUUCGUUGAGCGAGGAAGACGCUGCUGUGGAACCACUGGUUGGCGCUUCAAGUCCCGCUGCCAGCUUGUGCAGCGUGUCGGAGAGGAGCAAAGCGGCCACCUCGGCUAUUUCCAUCACAUCGAGCGACAGUGACUGCGACAUCUGA